AUGACACCUAAUGAUCCAACUAUUACAGUACUCCGUGUGAUAUUCGAAGUGAUGAGUGCUUUUGGUGGAUGUGGCCUUUCAAUGGGAUUGGCGAAAGGAAUGCCGAGUCUUGUCUCUGUUCUCAGCUCACCAAGCAAAGUUGUGAUCAUACUUGUUAUGUGCAUGGGUAGACAUCGUGGCUUACUCGAUUCCAUGAAAGAUCAAGAAGAGAUCGAAUACAGUGCACAAAUACUUAUAGAUAGUUGGAAACAAUUGGCAAUACUUGAAUAUCAAGAAAAGAAAAAAUUAUUGGAUGAAAAAUUCAAACCACCAAUAUCAGUCCCAUUUCCAACACCACCACUAGUUACUCGUUUUUGA